AUGCCCCAGGCCACAGCAACAGUCAACGGCGUCGAAGUCGCCCGAACCUCCACUUGGGAGGUAGUUGACGGAAACAUCUACUUCCCGCCCGACUCAGUAACCAAAUCACACUUCACCCCAACCUCAACCAGCACCUACUGCCCUUACAAAGGCGAGGCAUCCUACUACACCGUCACAACAAACAAAACCGAAAUCCAGGACGCGGCGUGGUACUAUCCGGAGCCGCUGCCGAAGAUGGAGAAGAUCAGAAACCAUGUCGCGUUCUAUAAGACCAAGGGGGAUAUU